UUGAGUCGAUGAAUGCGAAAUGACAGAAACAGCAAACCUUUUUUUCCUUUUUUUUUUUAAAAAUGCAAUGUAGCAACCGCAGCAAUUAGGUGACUUGCUGACAGCUGAUAAUAAAGGAAAAGUUUAACACUUGAAACAAAAGCAAAAACCAAAUUUCUUCUUCCUCACUCAAGAUGAUACGACGAUUGAUAACAUUAUAUCAACCCAUGUUAUCAAAAACCCACAAUUACCCUGUGAGGAGGAUGUGAUAGCAGUGCCAGUAAAGUGCUGAAAAAGGAAGAAAAUGCCUCCGGAAGUAGCCCAUUCCUGUGCCCCUCAGAUCAGUCCUUCGGUUCAGUUUUGUAGUACUGUAGCCUCAGGUUCCAGCCCCAAAUUUGGCAGAGCAGCUAGAAGGAUGAAAUUCCCUGGAAAGAAACUACUCCCGGUGCUUAUUUUCAUCCUGUCAUGCCUUUCCAUUCUCAGACUUCUUAAACUUGCAAUUACUACGCAUUCUUCAUCUUCUGCUGCUGCUUUGUCAUCGUCCCUUCAACAGGAGUGUUCAUCUCCUUCUGAAUCUAGUAAGGUUCCAUCAAAUGCACCAAAAACCUCAGCAAAUGCAACCCUUCUCACCCCAAAGGAAUUCAUGCUUCUUUCAAAUCUCAUCACCCGUAAAGCACCUUGCAACCUCCUUGUUUUUGGUCUUCAAUCCCAGUACCUCAACCUCUCAUCAAUUAAUGCAGGAGGCAUCACUCUUUUUCUCGAGGAUGACCCUUACAAGCUAAGUGAAAUCAAAGUUGAUUCUAAUGGGACUCGAAUUUAUAAGGUUAAGUACCAGGUGCCAGCUAAGAAGGCUUACAAGCUGCUCAAGCAUGCCAGGGGAAAUCCUGCUUGCACUCCUAACACAAGUCUGCUCCAACAAUCAAAUUGCAAGUUGGCAUUGAGAAAUUUACCACAAGAAGUGUAUCAGCUUAAAUGGGAUGUCGUGGUGGUGGACGGACCUAUUGGUGACGCACCAGAAGCACCAGGCAGGAUGUCAACUAUCUACACUGCUAGCAUGUUUGCGAGAGCUGGUAAAACGACUGAUGUUGUAGUACAUGACGUUCAUCGGUCAAUUGAAAAAUGGUUUUCUUGGGAAUUCCUGUGCGAAGAGAACUUGGUUUCUGCUAAAGGAAAAUUCUGGAACUUCAGGAUAUCCAAUCAAUCAAAUUCUUCAAGGUUUUGCUCUCCUCAGACAGUUCAGAUACAGUAAUAGCCUUCUUUUAUUCUGCAGCAACAGAAAAAUCAGUGGGGCAUUAUCCACCAAUCGUUAAUGGUGGACUCAAUUUACAGCAUUGUGAGAGUGCGAGUUCCUGGAAUUGAUGUUUUAUUCAUGUGCCAUGCUUGUAAAUGAAGAAACAAUAGCCACACUCGGUCAGUCAGAAUUGAAGAGUGCCACUGCUUUAUUGCAUAUUUUGUUCAUAUGCGUGUAAAUUUAGAAACAAUGGAUGCACUUGGUUGGUGCUAACAGUUUCUUUCAUAAUAUCUUGUAUGACCUGAAAUAUAAUAACAAAUUAAGGCUGCCAGCUAUAUAUAUAAUCUGGGUGCCACAGCUCAGAAAUCCGUUGUUCAAAUCCAACAAAGGACAUUUGAUUGCUACAGAAAGAGCAGAAACACAUCUAUAUAUACAUUUUGUGAGAUAAGAAAAAGAGUGGGGGAAAAAUGAAAAUCCAGACGUAAUACAUCAUGGCAAUCUCAACAGUUGCUAACUAUAGUAGGGUACUAGAUAAUCACCAUGGCUCACUCUUCCCUUUCCUGAAAGUUUCUCACCGCCAUGGGAGGAGAAAAACAAAACAAUGCUACUUGAUUCUUUGAGGUCACCUUCACUGGAGUUACACAGGCAAAAAAA